AGGCUUCACUAUAAAACACCAUACCAACGAGACGCAGUCCUCUGAGGAACCAAACGCCAAAAGCCGCGGUUAUGCUUCAUCGUCCUUAAGCAGAGCACUCGAAUCGGAAAAUUCCAGAAGCUUUGAAUUGCUGCGUUUUGUUUUUGCAUUGUUAGGUUUUUGUCACGUCUGUGGAAAUCUGCAGGAAUUGAUGCGUGUUUUCUUCCUGCUUUCUGCUCAGUAGGUGCUUAUAAAUUUCGUGGUGCGUUUUUUCCCUAUUGAAGAAAACCUUAUAUGGAAGGAGAACACAGCAUACUAGACGCAGUAUUUGAAGACGAUAACUUUGAAGAUGGCGAAGAUGUUGAGAUGCUUGAUGUGGAAGAAGGUGAGCUUGUGGAAGAAGGGGAGCUUGUGGAUUUUAACUCACAAAAUGGUUCGGGACAGAGCAGUGGUGGCAAUGUCAGUGUAGCAAACCAAGAACGUCAGGGCAAGAAUCAGAAGCGCAGGGGUAAGAAGAAGAGGAAUAGGAGAAGGAACAGUGGCCCUGGAAUUAAUGUCACUGACAUAGACAGGUUUGUGAUGGAUACAUGUAGGCGACUGAAAGAGAAGAAAUCAUAUCUGGUAUAUACUGCUGUUGGUUGUCUGGGUGUUCUUGCAUUGAAUGAUCUCGUCAAAGAGGUGGAUGCGAUCCAGGCUUGUGGAGGUCAGAUGACUCAUGAUGGCAAACGUUUCCGAUUUGGUGGUGGAGUACUAUGGAGUAUCAUCAAAGCACGAGAACCAAAGGCCUACAAAGAGAUAAUGAAAAAAGGAAGGGAAUUUGAGAAGCAAUUCAGGUCAACAAAUAAUAGACAACCAAUACAGCAAGGGAAAGAAGGUUCAUCUCAAGCAAUUGUGAAUUCAUUCAAGGAUGAUACUCCAGCUAAUGUUUCAGAUGCCGUACCGGUUAUAUGUCAAAUGCAAACUCAAGGCAUUCAGUCAAAUACUGAAGGGAAACAACUUUCUGUUCAUGAUAGGUUAAGGGUGCCUGUUUCAUAUGAUGAUGACCUGCUUGGAGAGGCGCCCAAAGAUGAUGCACUUGAAUGUUAGAAGAAAUGGAUUUAUAUUCGCCCAGGAUCUUCUGUUUCUAUUUUUUCAUCCAGAGGGUAGGCAUUGAGUUUACUCACAGAUGGGGUUUUUAUAUGCAGAGAGUUCUCAUUUGUUUCGUUUGCCUGGAGGCAACAUAAUUCUUUUCCCCUAGUAAAGAGUUUAACUGAAGUUUAUCAGCA